AUGGCAAUUGCAAUUAGUCAGCUAGAGGCACAAAGUUCGGGGAAAUUACCCUCUCAAACGGUAGUAAAUCCAAGAGAAAAUACAAGUGCAAUCAUUUUGAGAAGUGGUAAAGAGGUUGAGAUUCCAGUAAAGGCAGCACCUACAUUGUCGAAGCAAGAAAAUGAGAAAAACGUCAUUGCAGAUGGGAACGUUCCCAAUGACAAUAACGUACCUAAGUGUAACACUAGAUUUGAGAAGGCCAUAAUAGAUUUAGGAGCUUCUAUCAAUUUCAUGUCAUAUUCUAUAUAUGCUUCUUUGAAAAUUGGACCUUUGAAUAAAACUAGUGUUGUGAUUCAAUUGGCUGAUAGAUAUAAUGUCUAUCCUAAAGGUGUAGUUGAGGAUGUUCUUGUGCAACUUAAUAAUUUGGUUUUCCCUGCUGAUUUCUAUGUGCUUGAUAUGAAAAAUGGUGAUCAAACUCCUCCUAUUUUGUUAGGAAGACCAUUCUUAAUGACAUCCAAGACCAAGAUAGAUGUUCAUAGUGGCACACUUACUAUGGAAUUUGAUGGUGAAAUUAUUAAGUUUAAUAUUUAUGAUGUCAUGAAAUAUCCUGGAGAUGAUAAUUAUGUUUAUUCUAUUGAUCUGAUUGAUUCUUUAGUACAUGAAGUUUUUGAACUUGAUGAAAAAGAUGGAUUGGAAGUUGCCAUUAGUAAGCAUCUUGAGAAAGAGAAUGAGGAGUUAGCCUUGAGUACUGAUUUGCAGGAAACUGUUGCAGCAUUGAAUGAUUUUCCAAAGUUACAGCAGUUAGGUAAUGUUCCUUAUAUUGCGUUUCCAAUUUCUAACGAGAGGCAUUUACCCUCUGUUUUACAGGUCCUCAUUCCAGAUUUGAAGCCUCUUUCCAAUUACCUCAAGUACGUGUUCCUUGGAGACAGAGGAAUGUUACCAGUGCUCAUCUUCAGUAAACUUAGUACACCGCAAGAAGAAAAGCUUGUGCAGAUCCUUAUGGAGCAUAAGACGGCUAUUGGUAUGUCACCUUAUCGGUUGGUAUUUGGGAAACCAUGCCACCUUCUAGUUGAGUUAGAACACAAGGCUUAUUGGGCUAUCAAGAGUUUCAAUAUGAAGAUGCAUGAAAGUGGAGAACACAGGAAGUUGCAACUACAUGAGUUAGAGGAAAUUCGCAAUGAUGCCUAG